GCGGCGGCGGCGGUGGCGUCUCAGGCCGGGGCGGGCGAGGGAGGCGCCGCUGCGCUGCGGCUCGCGCCACCGGGCGUUGCGGGCCGUGACGGGCGGGUGACAUGCCCGGGAGCUGAGCGGCUGCGCCUCCGGGUGUUUUGUGGAUUUACUCUUCAGCGAUUACAUACUACAGUAAUAUCAUUAUGGCGGCUUUCCAGCCUUUCAGGAACAGUUACAUAAAGAAUAAAGCAUCUGUCCGAAAAAGCUUCAGUGAAGAUGUGUUCCAGUCUGUCAAGUCUUUAUUACAGAGUGAGAAGGAGCUAUGCAGUGUAUCAGGAGGAGAGUGUUUAAACCAGGAUGAACACUCCCAUUUAACUGAGGUCACAUUUCUGGGCUUUAAUGAAGAAACAGAUGCUGCUCAUAUACAGGAUCUAGCUGCAGUUUCACUGGAACUUCCAGACCUUCUGAAUUCGCUCCAUUUCUGCAGUCUAAGUGAAAAUGAAAUCAUUUGUAUGAAGGAUGUCAGUAAAUCGCCAGAUGUAAGCAAUAGUCCUCUAAAUCAGAGUCAUCAUUCUGGAAUGCUUUGUGUCAUGAGAGUGUCACCUACAUUACCAGGACUCAGAAUUGAUUUUAUCUUUAAUCUCCUAAGUAAAUAUGCUGCUGGUAUAAGACACACCCUGGACACCCACUUGCAUCAAAAGCAUCGCCUUGAGACCACUGAUGAAGAUGAUGAUGAUACGAACCAGUCUGUAUCUUCCAUAGAGGAUGACUUUGUCACUGCUUUUGAGCAGUUAGAGGAGGAGGAGAGUACAAAGCUGUAUAAUGAUGAAAUAAAUAUUGCUACAUUAAGGAGCCGGUGUGAUGCUGCCUCUCAGACUACUUCUGGUCACCAUUUAGAAACCCAUGAUUUUAAAGUGCUGGUCAGUUAUGGACCACAGAAAUCAUUGGCUAAGCCUUCAUCUUCAGUACAUGUUCUGGGAUGCAAAGAAACAUCUUCUGUGAAAACAUCGGUUACAACAUCAGUUUCAGAGCCCUGGACCCAAAGGAGUCUCUACAGGUCACCCAGUGCUUCAGAUAAAGGCAGGGACACACAGGAGAUACUCUUUCCUUCUUCUCCUGCCCACUCCUCAGAGUCUGAGUGCUCAAGCCCGAGUCCUGUAAUUUUUUUGGAUGAAGAGGGAUACCAAAAAAGUUUAAAAGCAAAACUUGAGCUGCCCGAAAUCCCUGUGACAAAAGAUGAUGUAGAGGAUUCAGACUCGGAAGUGAGUGAGUUUUUUGAUAGCUUUGAUCAGUUUGAUGAACUAGAACAAACUUUAGAGACUUCUUGUCCGUUUGUGAAAGAUCCUGGCAUAGGGAAGUCAUUGCAGAAGAUAGGGCACAAACAUGAAAAAUCUUGCAUGAAUCCUCAAAAGUUCAAGUUUGAGCGUCCAGCUCUUCCAGCUAACGUUAGAAAGCCAACUCCACGAAAACCUGAAUCUCCAUAUGGUCACCUGUGUGAUGCUCCAGAUUCCCCUCGUCCAGUGAUGGCGUCAGAAGACAGUGGCUUGUUCAGCCCUAUUCGAGCCUCUGCUUUUAGUCCCCCUGGAAGCUGUACUCCUGCUGAAUGCUUUUGCCAAACAGAUAUUGGUAGAGAUAGGAUUAAUGAAAAUCAGGAUCCUAUUUAUUGCACUUAUGAAGAUUAUGCAAAUAAUCUUUCAUGUGAAGUACUAGGCUCAGUUCUUCAUACUCAGUGUGCAAAUGUAAUGUCAGAUAUUAAUAGUAUUAAAAGGGGAGAAAAUUAUACUGUAGCUUUUAAACAUGGAAAUUCUGAUCAAAAAAGUAAAUGUAAAAAUAAACCUUCAAUGAUUACAGACAGCGUUCAGAAGUUUGCAGCAGAUCUUGUAGGAAAAAGUUUUGGCAGUGCGUUUAAAGACUUACAGAAAGGAGUUUCUUCGUGUACCAAUGCAUUGUGCCACUUAGCUGUCAAAUUGACAUCGUCUGUUUUUCAGAUGGCAUUUAAUGAACUUAGAAGGCAGUGUGCAUUUUCACUGAAAGAACGAGCCAUCGGUAGCCUGGCUAGUCUUUUGGUGAGUGAAGCCUUAUCAAAUGCCUUGAAAGAUUUACAGUAUGUGAAAAAGCAGAUGUUUACAAACACAGUCGCUAGAUUUGCUGCGGACCUUGCAGAAGAGCUUGUUUUUGAAGGCAUCAUGGAAGUGUGUCAGUUUUCAUGUCCUCCAACACCUGCAUCUCAGCACUGUCCGUCCUUUGACUUUGAAGACAAAGUCGUGAAGUCCUAUGCCAAAGAUUUGUCUGAAUCUGUAAUACAAGAAGCAUUCAUAGAGCUGUCACAGACUGAUGUGACCUUCACAACGGAGGCAGCAGCUAAUAUUUCUAUGGGUAAUGUCAAGUAUGUGAGUGCAGAAAGUGUAGUGCCACCUACACAGACGUGCACAUUUUCCUCAUCCUUUAGCAGCCAAGCAGUUAUGAUGACAAAACCAGUGCAGGAGCAUAAGAAGGAGUACACAGUGCAGCAGGCCUUGUUUUGUACUUCGGGAAUUGUCACUUCCAUACCAGUACCCUUGGCAGGCAGUGCCCUUCUCCCCUAUCAUAUUUCAUCGACUUUGUAUCAGUCCAAGUCUCAUCCGUCAUCUGAGCAUCGUAAAGCAAAUGGUGGUUCUACCCCAGAGCACAUCACCACAGAGAGCAGGGAAGAGGAAGUGGAUUGUCUCAGCAAUACCCUUCUACCUUCAGUACUCAAUCCAUGUAACCAGUAUGACUUCAAACCAACCAACGGUGAAACUGACAUACAGAGUCCUUCAGAAUUAACUAGUGGCCCUGUGAUUAUUAGCAACUUUUCUGCAGCAAUGGUACAUACAAUAGUCAAUGAAACCUUAGAGUCCAUGACAACCUUCAAAGCUACAAAAACUGUUGAUGCACAGGGAGAUUAUUUAACUAAAACAAAGGGAAAAGCCUUUCCUCUUUCCCUUUGUGACCAAGCAGCACCACAGCAGAGCAAAGCUAGCAGUAAGGACAUGUUUGCUGAGCAGUUAUCAAAGUCUAUUAUUAAACAUUCCCUGGAUAAAAGCAAAUCAAUGCUUCCAAAUAUAGAUGACAAAACAGUUAGUAAGGAAUGUGUGCCUGUCCUUGGGGAAGAAUCACAAUUGAUCUUGGAGGAAUCUCCCAAAUUCCUUGACUUUGCAGAUCACUUACCUCCCUGUUCACUCUUGGUUGGAAAGCAUUGUGUUCCAGAAUGUAAAGAUUCUGUGGGUUUGGGAUUUUCUUCAGAGACACUGCCACCUUGUCCAGUGAUGACAAGUCAGAAAUCUGACUUGAAAGAACUUGUGAAGGAUAAACCAGUGAAAAGGCAUAAUUUGAAUAAUACUGCACUUGAGCCUUUGUCUUUUGGGCAGGAAAGCUCUUUCCGUCACUCACAUGCUUUAUCAUCUGCAGUGCUUACCUGUGCAGAUGGUUUACAUGUGGAAGAUAAACAGAAAAUCAGAGACAAAAAUGUAAUACCUGAUACUCCUCCAUCAACUCCUUUAGUGCCAUCCCAGACUAGUUCUGAAUGGGACAUCAAAAAGUUAACCAAAAAGCUCAAGGGGGAGUUAGCCAAAGAAUUUGCACCUGCAACACCACCUUCUACACCUCACAACUCCUCUGUUGGUAGUUUGUCAGAGAACGAACAAAAUACUAUAGAAAAGGAAGAGUUCAUGUUGAAACUCAUGCGAUCUCUGUCAGAAGAAGUUGAAAGCAGUGAAGGUGAAGAGCACCCCGAAAUGGAUGUGAAGUCAGAGUACUCGGGGAAGAAAGUUCAGUUUGCAGAAGCAUUAGCCACACACAUCAUUUCUCUUGCAACUGAAAUGGCAGCCUCCCAUUUAGAUCAUGAAGUGACUCGAGAAGCCAAGGUUCAAAACCCUCACUUAAAUGUGCGGAGUCAAAGAAGUGUGCUGCCUGCUUCUUUAAAUCACUUGGAGGAAAACAUGCAGACAUGCAGCUUUGCAAGUGACAUGGCAGCUGAUGUCAUUGCAGAAGCCGAGAACAUUGCAAAAGCUAGAUGUUGUAUGCUUUUCAGGCAGGAGAGGAACAGUUGUCAUGUUGAUGCUGGCCGAGAUAAAGCAGAAGAGAAGCUGGGUGUGGAGAAUGUCACGCAUCCAAGAGAAGUAGAUCAGUUUGUUCUUUCAUUACCAAGUUGUACGCCAGGUCUGACAUACAGGUAUCCCAGUUGUGAAAGUGUGACAGAUGAAUAUGCAGGUCAUGUUAUCCAAGUGCUGAAACAGGAAGGGGGCAAUGGUGAGCUAAUCAUGGAUCAGUAUGCCAGUAGACUGGCCUAUCGGUCUGUCAAGUCCGGAGUGCAAGAAGCAGCUAAGACAGUAAAACUGAAGUGCAGUUCAAAAAGGUUCCCUUUGCACAACUCUUCUGUGAAAAUAAACAAAGAACUGUUGAUGUUCUCAAAUAAAGAGCGUCACCAGGAAGUUGAUAAAAAAAGACAAAGAAAAAGAAGCGGCGGCCAUCUUUGCAAAUACCAACCAUGUGAAAGGACACAGGAUCCAUGUAGAAACGAACUUUCUGGACUGUACAGUUUUUCAGCCUCUCUUGCUAGCAUCAUAACAAGAGAUGUUAAGAAACAGCUGACAGCACCUACAGUUGAUUUGCCACAAUCCUCAACAGAUUCCUGUCUUUUUGAAAAAUCUACAUGUAUUGACAGGGGUGAGGAUAUUGUUGAACCAGAAUUUUUGAAGUCUCAUCAACCUUUGCAAAACCAUGGAUUCUGCCAGAAUACAGGCAGCUUAAGUGGACAUGGGCAUGGAGAGAAUGCUCAAGCUAUAGAACAGUAUGCUAGAAAAGUAGUGGAUGACACUUUAGAGCUAAGUUUAGGACCUACAGUUUCCCACAUUCCAGAGACCACAACAUCAGCAGAUAGACUCACUUAUGCAGAAAAAUUGUCACCACUCAUGAAUGGAGCUUGUAGAUACUGUGACCUUAAGGAACUCCAUGGUUGUGGCAGAAGUCCCUCUCAGCCCCUUUUAAAGCAGAGUGUGUGUGUAAGUGCUAAGCCAGGCUCACAUUCAAAACUUAGUAGCAUUCAUCAGAAAUCGAAAAUUUUUCAUCUUGAUGUGCCUCAGAUUCAUGUUAAUCUUGAUAAAAGGGCAGUGCUUGCAGAGAAGAUAGUUGCUGAAGCUAUUGAAAAAGCAGAGAGAGAGCUGAGCAAUACCAGUCUGGCAGCUGAUAGUGGAAUCGGACAAGAUGGCAUUAGCUUUGCUGAGAGCCUUACCACAGAAAUCAUGACAUCAGCUAUGACAAAUGCUGAGCAUGUUGUUAGCAGUUCAAAAGAAAUAGAAGAUUUUCAGUCAACUGAGUCAUUUGGCAGCCAGCAGCUAAAUCUCAGUGUUGGUGAGGACAGUACGGGUAGCUGGUCCAACUUAAGUUUUGAGGAUGACCAUCCAGAUGAAAGCAGCAGUUUUCAUCAUCUCAGUGAAAGCAGUAAUGGUAACAGCAGUAGCUGGAGCAGUCUUGGUUUAGAAGGAGAUUUGUAUGAGGACAAUUUAUCCUUUCCAACAUCAGACAGUGAUGGACCAGAUGAUAGAGAUGACGAUCAGGAGGAUGGUGUGGAAGAUUUGCAGCAAAAUGGAAGGACUCUACUAAUUACAAACAUUGACAUGGAGCUGGGAGCAGUAGACCCUCAACUAAGGAUUAUUCUUCAGUGGCUCAUUGCCUCGGAGGCUGACGUUGCAGAACUUUAUUUCCAUGACUCUUCAAAGAAGGAGUUUGUAUUACUUUCAAAACAAUUACAAGAGAAAGGAUGGAGAGUGGGAGAUGUCCUGCAGGCUGUGUUUAAAUACUACGAAAUGCUGGAAAAAACUUCAAGUGAGGGAAGAAGCAAGUCGCUCUUCGAUUGGCUUUUGGAAAACGCCUAGAACAACCUCCAGACCAGUAUAUUUGAAUGUUUGUUUUAGGAAGUAAAGAAACUGAUGACUUAGGUUUAGGGUGAAAUUCAAAUACAGAAUAUUAACAUUUUAAUUGAAUUGAGAGGAAAGUAAGAAGCCUUUUCAGUGCUUUCUGUCAUCAUACUGUAUAUGGUUCAUACUUUUGUAAUCUUUGUCAAAGUAUUCUCUUUACUUAUUCUUCUAUACAUGUGUUUGUGCUGUGACGCUGAGAAAUGUCUGUGAAGGAGGAUCUAACCCUGAGGCUGAGGCAUUGUCUGACAGCUUGUUUGGAUCCACAUAGUGCUGCUGCAAACAGGGCUGAGGCGGCUGGCCUGGCCCAUGUGAUGAUUUUGUUCCUUUGAAAACAAGUGGCAUCUGAUGAUAAGUCAUCUGACGUCAAGAAAGAUAUUUUGUUGUUUGUUUAUUUCUGAUAAGUUUGUAAUCUUUAUGUACUAUUCUUUCAGAUCAGCUUCCACAGUUCAGCUAUUGGUACUUGUAGAUUUCCCCAGAUAUUUAAGUUGUUAGCAUACUCCUUAGUGAUUUAGGAUUCUGUGAACGCCGUAAGUGAGUUUCCUUAGGCUUCCAUCAAGCGAUGUUAUUUGUUAAUGCUGCCAAUCAUUCUGGAGUGAGAAAGAAAAGGGGGUGGGGGAGAGGUGUUGUGAGAGAGUGUGUGUGUGUGCAAGAAUAAACUGGAACUUUCCCACUAGUUUAUUCUCCUUUACUUUAGUAUUUUCUUAGUUAGAAACCCACCGUUAACAUUAAAUAAAAUGUCUAGAUAUUUAUUGUGCAGUAAGAAUUUUGUCUUUGAUUUAUUCCACAAAUAAAAAUUCAGGUUGUAAAACACAUUGAAAAUUUAAAAAUUAAUGUGGAAAUACACUUAGAGGAGCUAAUAAUGAUUUUCAGUGUUGGAUUUUUGAAGAAGAAAAAAAAAACCCACUUCCCUAAGAAUAAUUUUCUUUUAGCACAGUAGGUACCCCUCCCUCAAUAAAAUGGAUCUGACUGUGAUGUUUCCUCACAUCAUCUUUGGCUCCACAUUCCCUACUGCGGUUUUAGAAACCGCAUGUUGUGUUGACGUGAGUGAGACUGAGCCAGGCUCUGUCUCGGUUGUGUCUACGAUGUGUGCAAAUGUUGUACGCAUUCCUUCCACUAAUGGAUUCUGGAAUCAAGGGUAAAUCAUUUUUUUGUGUGGGGCUGUUGAUUGGGCUCUAUUAUUUUCUUUUUCCCCCAAGCUCUGACUUUUCUAGAAGCUGCAGUGAAUAGAAGGCACGGCACCUACCAGGGCACUUGCAUGAAUUUGCAUUAGUAAUUAUGGUGGAGAAAUGUAUUUUACAGAGAAAGCCUCACCUUUGCUUUGGUGUGCUUUCGUGCAGUUGUGGGCUUAUACUAUACUUGUACAAGGAACUAUCACACUGCACUUACGUAAUUUGGGUGUAUGUCUUGGUUAGAUUAACAGGAAAGCUGAGUUCUAAAUUUCUCUGAAGUGGGAAUGACUAUAUAUUGGAUUUAUAAAAUGGAAACUGCUUAGGCUUAUUUAUGUUAAUGGCAUAGUCAUUUGAGGCAAGCUUCCCGUUCUGCUCCUGUUUCUUUGGCAUUUUGGUGAAGCUGCGUUAUGCCCAGUGUUCUUUAUUUAAGUGCUACCCAGUGACAGCAGUCAGAGGCGUUGGUCUGAGUGGUAACACUAAUAGCAGGACUCACAACUGUGUCAGUUCUAUGUGCAGGACCACGGAGAAAGUUAGAGGUAUUGGCAGGGUGAGCAGAAGUAUAGGCUGUUUCCCUGUAGAAGGUGUUGGCAUGUAGAGCGAGGCUAUGGGCCAGGUGCAGUGUAAAGCAAGCUGUUCUGAAGUAUUCUGUGGUUUUCCCAGACUCGCUCCAUCUGUUUGUGUGUUCAGUCUUCAGAACUCCUCUGCUGAGGUAGCUCCAUCUUACAGAUCUCUUGACAUAUUUAUAUUGGAACAUUGUAUACUGCUAUUAUGUACAUUUUUGCUCCUAAUGAAAUACAUUUCACUGGAAACUGUUAAAAUUGUGAUGUGCAGUGAGCUGAUUUGCCAAUUUUAAAGGCGUUUUGUGAUAGACAGAAAGAAAGUGAGAGACCUCUGCUGAGGAGCUUCUGGACCUAUCUCACACCAAAAUAGUGCAUUUGUUUGUGUCCAUCUUUUCCUAAGUUGAGUUUAAAUGACAUUUGUAUUUUAUGUGUUAUUAAUGUUGAUUUUGAAAAUUAUUUCCUCACUCAUUCAAGAGGAAAGUUUCACCAAAAAAAAAAAAAAAAAAAAAAAAAAAAGCCACAGAACAAAUUGCAAUACAGAUGGCCUGGCUCCUUGUGAUGUAAAGCUAACGUUACAACAGCCUUCAGUGAACACAUGUAGUAUCUUUGUACUUUGAGAAAUGCUUCAUUUAUCCCUGAAGAUAUUUAAUGUGAAUUAGUUUAAUUCAUACUACUAUAAUUCUGCUUAGCAAAGGAUUUAUAUUGCUGGUAGGAAGAAGCUCUAUGUAUUAAAUGCACUGUGUAGAAAGUAAUGAUAAUUGACCCCUUUGACAGCUGGCAGCUUUGACAGUGGUGGUGCAUGUUCUCCAUCAUCGGUUCUAGAGCCACGUGACUGCCUGCUGUUUCUCCACAACUCCUAUCACCAGUUUCUAAUCAGUGUAUUAUUUUGUAAUUUUUCAGAGAAAUCUUUACACAGAAUUUAAAUAUGCUGAGUCCGCACAUGGAUAGGGAAAAUGCUUUCUAUUUAAAACCCUGUCUGCCUGUCACCAGCACACAAGAAGUUGAGAAUGUCUGUGGGAAUUGGAAGGGCCGUACUCAAGUGAGGUGCGCUUUUCUCAUUUUCAGCACAAGCCCUGUAGGCAUCCCGUGUUUACUGUGUGCCUGCUCUGCACAAGCAGGCACGGUGCUGGUCACUCCUGCCACUUUAUUUAUUUAUUUUGACCAUCUGUACAUUCCUUUCAUGUAGUUAGAGCUGCUGUUCUACAAGUUCUUAUUUCAAUUUGUUGUACGGUUUGAAUACUAUUUAAUGCCAGGUUUAUAUGUUGCUGGAUUCUUGCUGCCUUUGGUUGCUUGUGUCGUGUUCAAAGUAAUCUGCAUUCUUAUUCAGUUACUGAAUAUUUAAUAGAAGCGACUUAGAAUAAUUGUGGCCAUCUAUUUGAGUUUGCGCAAUUAGUGCAUUAAGGUCUUAGAAUGUGUAAUAGUAACUCCUCUUUUUGCUCUUGAGUAAUUUAAUCUUCAUUUACCAAAAUAGGAACUUCAAGAUGCACUUAAGUUUGGUUUUAGCAGUGGCUCAAAAAACAUUUCAGAAAUUACUUUUGUAAUAAUUUGCAAUUAAUUGUUCUUUUCUCUUUACUCUUGUUCAAACCUGUGAUCUUUCCUCUCCCAGCUAAGAAUUAUUCAAUAAAUUUAAGAACCGUCAA